CGACAAGGCACGUUGCAAGGCGGAGAAAUUCGGAAGAACUGUUGUAGCUUGGUAGCAACUUACAAAAAAACUCUCGCUAGUAGCUGCUCCGACAAAAUUCUCAUGGUUGACCCUGCGAUCCUCAUCACACGCCGCGAGACUCUCGUCGUAGAUCCAACCAGGGUUCUCCUGAUAGUUCAAAGGCUGCGUACUACUCUGGUAGUUCGGAUGAGUGCCUUGGGAAAAGAACGUUCCCCAGCCGUCACGUUGGAAGUUGGCUGCGUGGAAAAGAGGGCAGUUGAGGGGAACUGGUUAUAGUUGGGUCCGAGAUCGUAGCGCGCAGCGUCCGGGUAAGCGAAGAGGCGGGUCUGCAGAGGGUUCGAUGUAGGGGACCAUGUUUGAAGGAGAGAAGGAGGGUUUUGAACGGAAAUUAGUCUCUGAACUUGAGGCGACUUGAACAAAGAGGCUUACUCGCUCAAUCUCGGCGAAGUAGUUUUCCGGAUUCCUGUUUAGAGUAAAGCUUUUGAAGCCAAACUUUGGUGAGGUCAAGG